CAAAAUUAUGGGAUUGACCAAAGUUUCUUUUCUUCUUUCCUGUGAUAUAGGGAAACUCAAUAGUGUUUGUUGUCAAGGCAAAUAAAGAAAUGGAAUUCAAAAGAAAAUUUAUGGUACUAGAUGGAAGAUGAAAUGUUAGUUGGCAUGGAUUCAUGUUUGACAACCCCAUGGGGUAACCUCUCUUUGAGAUUAUGAUGGAGUUAAUGCAUAUUUGGAUAUUAAGACUGGUUGUGGCAUGUGCUCUUUGUCUGCAUAUAUCUAUCAGAUCAGCUUAUGCAACUGAAGGGUUUGAGAGUAUAGCUUGCUGUGCUGAUUCAACUUACACAGAUCCUCGGACCACCUUAAAUUAUACAACAGAUUACAGGUGGUUCUCUGAUAAAGGAAGUUGCAGACGAAGAACUGGAAUUGCGUUAAAUCAAAGAAGCAAUGAAAACUUUCGACUGUUCGAUAUAGAUGAGGGAAAAAUAUGUUACAAUUUGCCAACAAUUAAGGAUGGAGUAUAUCUGAUAAGGGGCACAUUUCCAUUCGACCAUGUAAAUUCUUUCUUUAAUGUUGCAAUCGGUGUAACACAAUUAGGUGAAGUGAGAUCAUCCAGGCUCCAGGACUUGGAAAUUGAGGGAGUUUUCAGAGCUACCAAAAACUACAUAGACUUCUGCUUAGUGAAGGGAGAUACUAAUCCAUUUAUUUCUCAGCUUGAAUUAAGGCCAUUACCUGAAGAGUACCUAAGUGAUUUGCCUGCCAGUAUUUUCAAACUGAUAAACAGAAAUGAUCUUCAGGGCACGAAAGAUGAAAUCAGGUUUCCAACUGACCAAAGUGAUAGAAUCUGGAAAGCAACUUCAGGUCCAUCAUCUGCUCUUCUAUUGUCUUCCAGUGUCAGUAAUUUUGACCUCAAAUCUAAUGUGACACCACCACUACAAGUCCUACAAACAGCUCUUACCCACCCUGAGCGAUUGGAGUUCAUCCACAAUGACCUUGACACUGAGGAUUAUGGAUAUCGUGUGUUUCUCUAUUUCCUUGAAUUAAAUAGUACUGUCAAAGCAGGCCAAAGGGUGUUUGACAUCUAUUUUAACCGUGAGAUUAAAAAGGAAAGAUUUGAUGUAUUGGCUGGAGGGUCCAACUACACAUAUACUGUCUUGAACGUUUCAGCAACUGGAUCACUUAAUGUAACCUUGGUCAAGUCAUCUGGCUCUGAGUUUGGACCCCUUUUGAAUGCUUAUGAGAUCUUUCAGGUGCGAUCAUGGAUUGAAGAGACCAACCAAAUAGAAGUGGAAAUGAUUCAAAAGAUGAGAGAUGAAUUGCUGUUGCAAAACCAAGACAAUAAAGCACUGGAGAGUUGGACUGGAGACCCUUGUACUCUUUUUCCCUGGCAAGGAGUAGCAUGUGAUGGUUCAAAUAGUUCAUCUGUUAUCACUAAGCUGGACCUUUCCUCAAGUAAUCUCAAAGGACCAAUACCUUCCAGUGUGACAGAGAUGACCAACUUAAAAAUACUGAACCUGAGCCAUAACAGUUUCGAUGGUUACGUCCCCUCAUUUCCACUGUCCUCCUUGUUGAUAUCAAUGGAUCUGAGCUACAAUGAUCUUGUGGGAUCGCUUCCAGAAUCAAUUGUCUCACUGCCACAUUUAAAAUCAUUGUAUUUUGGCUGCAACCAAAUGAGCGAAGAGGAUCCUGCAAAUUUGAAUAGUUCACUAAUCAAUACUGAUUAUGGAAGAUGCAAAGCAAAGCAACCUAGAUUUGGACAAGUAUUGGUUAUUGGAGCUAUUACAGGUGGAUCACUUUUGAUUACCUUGGCUGUCGGAAUCCUUUUUGUUUGCCGGUAUAGACAAAAGUUGAUCCCAUGGGAAGGAUCAAGUGGAAAGAGCUACCCAAUGGCAACAAAUGUAAUAUUCUCUUUGCCAAGUAAAGAUGAUUUCUUCAUAAAGUCCGUAUCAAUUGAAACAUUCACUUUGGAAGAUAUAGAGGUGGCAACAGAGAAUUACAAAACUUUGAUAGGUGAAGGAGGGUUUGGCUCUGUUUACCGGGGCACUCUAGCUGAUGGUCAAGAAGUGGCAGUGAAAGUCCGGUCAGCCACAUCAACACAGGGAACUCGAGAAUUUGAUAAUGAGCUGAACCUACUUUCUGCAAUACAGCAUGAGAACCUUGUGCCUCUUCUUGGUUACUGUAAUGAAAAUGAUCAACAAAUUCUAGUAUAUCCUUUCAUGUCUAAUGGUUCUUUGCAAGAUAGACUAUAUGGGGAACCUGCGAAGAGAAAAAUAUUAGACUGGCCAACUAGACUCUCUAUUGCUCUUGGUGCAGCUCGAGGUUUGGCAUAUCUUCACACAUUUCCAGGACGUUCAGUAAUACACAGGGAUGUAAAGUCAAGCAAUAUACUUCUGGAUCAUAGCAUGUGUGCUAAGGUGGCCGAUUUUGGUUUCUCAAAAUAUGCUCCUCAAGAAGGAGACAGUAAUGUUUCCCUUGAAGUAAGAGGAACUGCAGGGUAUUUGGAUCCUGAGUACUACAAAACCCAACAAUUAUCUGAAAAGAGUGAUGUCUUCAGCUUUGGCGUGGUUUUACUUGAAAUUGUGAGUGGUAGGGAACCUCUCAACAUAAAGAGACCACGGAAUGAGUGGAGCUUGGUUGAAUGGGCUAAACCAUAUAUAAGAGCAUCAAAGAUGGAUGAAAUUGUGGAUCCUGGCAUCAAGGGAGGAUACCAUGCAGAGGCAAUGUGGAGAGUUGUGGAAGUAGCAUUGCAAUGUCUUGAACCCUUCUCAGCAUAUAGACCAUGCAUGGUUGACAUUGUACGUGAGUUAGAAGAUGCUCUUAUUAUAGAAAACAAUGCAUCAGAAUACAUGAAGUCCAUAGAUAGCCUUGGAGGAUCCAACCGCUACUCUAUUGUCAUAGAGAAAAGGGUGUUGCCCUCAACUUCAUCAACAGCAGAAUCAACCAUCACAACCCAAGCCUUGUCCCACCCACAGCCGAGAUAG